AUGGCUGAGGUUAUCGCUCAAAAUACAGAAAUAAAAGACGCAAUUGCCUUUACUUCGAAGCAAUAUGACGAUAUGAUGGUACAAUUACAUCAAUUAGAAUCUGAGCGUAAGUCUGAUCGUGUCCAUAUUCAACAGUUGGAAGAAAAAGUAGAGAACUUGGAACGGAUGCUGUAUUCAACUAAGAUAGAAAUCAGGAAUAUACCCAAGAAGCCGGGCGAAAACAAGGAUGAUUUAUGCACUAUUAUAACUAGAGUUGGUAAUGUACUUGAAACACCGAUUCAACGUCAAGACAUUAAAGAUGUUUUUCGAGUGAAUUAUAAGGACAGCAAGUCAUCAGCAAUAAUUGUAGAUCUCAGCAGCGUCAUUUUAAAAGAGAACUUAUUAAAAAAAGGUCGUCAUUUCAACAACAAAAACAAGCAAAACAAAGUUAACUCGACUCACCUCAAUAUUGAAGGACCUCCGAAACCGGUUUAUUUGUCUGAAAGACUGGCACCUAAAACACAAGGACUCUUCCAUAUCACUCGUAACUUCGCCAAAGACAAUGGCUACAAGUACUGCUGGACGUCAUACGGAAGAGUAUUCUUACGCCAAGAUGACGGAAAACAACAGUUUCUUAUAAAAAGCGAGGGUGAUUUGAAUAAUUUACUACAAGAAAAAUGA